AUGUUAGCCAAAGAUUUGGUUUCAUCCAAUGAUGAAGAACAAUUUGGUAACAAGAGACUUCAUAGAAUAUGGCAGCUAUCUCAGUUUGCUCUGGAAGCCAAAAAUUAUGACCAUCAAGAGACCAAAGAAGGAGAUCUCAGAAAGCCCAAAGAUGGUGAAGCCAAGAGCAAUGCUCAAAGUCAUACAGAUUCCUCACAUCAAGCUCUAGUGGCAAACAUAGAUGAAGGAAUUGAUAUAGAGUCUCUACAGGAGCAAGACAAAUCACUCUACACCACUGAAGAGCUUACUGCACUCCUACCCGCUCCUAUUCAAAAGCCCACCAACACUCAUGACAGCAAGACAGACACUCUCAAAAGUGUUUUUUAUGCUAUUAAUUCAUUGAGCUGGAGACUUUGCUAUCUUGUUGGCUUUUUUGAUCUGGAAGAAGAAGUGCUAACUCUGCUCAUUCAACUUAUGCACAAUGACUUGAUGGCAUUAGAAUUCUAG